CAACACACUGUACCACAGUAGGCUUUGGAAGCAGGCUGGCAAGCAAUACUGGACUACAACUGUACAGUCAGAGCCGCCACCUCCUCCUACUUCUCUCCUUGUAGCGUCUACAAGGAGUUUGGUGUUCACUUUCGUGUCAAACCAGUCAGACUGACUCUCAAAGGGAAGAAAGAGGCCAAAGACGGGAGUAGAGCAUUCAUUCAGUUUGCUUGUGUGUAUUUAUCAAAAGGAUUGCUGAUACUUCUCACUAUUCUACUGUCAGUAUACCUCACUGUGCUAAGAGUUUAUUAUUCCUUCUCCUAUCUCUCUUCCUGAAUCAUAUUCCUGUGACUGGUUCUUUUGCCUCCAUUUAUGUCUACCACUUGCGUGUCCCUUCCACCCAGUCCAUCAAAGAUGCCUCUCUUCUCUCGCUCUCGCUCACUCAGACGCUCAUCAAAGAGAAGGAGUGUCCAUCGCAUCAAGAAAGAAGACAUUUCUGAGCCUAUGGGUUUCAUGCACUGUUACCAUGCUGAGAUUGGGUCCGAGGGUUUCUCAGGGUUACCCCCGCAAUGGAAAACCUUAGUCGAUACUACUCACCCGUCCACCACCUCACCUACCACUUCUAGAGCCACCAGUGCAAGUCCUUCCAAUAAAAAUGAGACAAGCACUAAGAGGAUUGGAUCAAAGUCAACUGGCAACACUCCGGAACCAAUCAAGCGACCCUCUCCGAUUGUACGUGGGUCUGACUCGUGUCUUGAAGACACAGUCAAGUAUGUUCAUGACCACUGCUGCUCGCUAGCAGGAGAAGAAGACGAAGAAGUACACGAGUUCAUUGAUAUACAGUUGAGGUCUCAGACUGGCGGCAGCAGCACUGGAUCACAGGGUAGCUCAUCCCGCCAUAGCUCACAGCAGCAGCUUGCCUCUCCUCCUUUCUCAACUGUUGCUGUGACAACACCAACAAUACCGCCACUCUCAACUCGUAGCUCAACUCUGAGUCACAUUUCGUCCGACCACUCCCACCACCACCCUUCGUCUCCCUUCUCCUUCACUGCACCUCUCGAUGCUAUACAGUCUGAUCUUGGGCUCUAUGACUCUGAGGGUAGCUCCAGUGUACUAACCACCUCCUCUCAUAUCAUAUACUCACCAAGUGAUUCCUCUGGAUACUUUGGUAGUACUCACUCCAGCCUCUACUCCUCUAGACUCUCAACUAGUCAGCACAUACCCUCUUCUGCUCUUCCCCCUCCUCCUCCUGUUGCUCCUCUCCCUUCCACGUCCCAGUACUCCACUCACCAGUCUCCCCCUCACCAUCGUCCCCUUGGUCCCAUUCACUCCUGUCUACCGUUCGAUACUACCUCUACUGAUGCAUCCAAUGCGCUACCUUCUUCAUCUACCCAUGAUGUUGCUGGAGUCCAGUACAUGCAUCAUUAUCACAAUCAUCCUCACUUCUCUUCGCUUCAGAGACCGGCUAAAUCAGGUACCAGUCCCUCUCGUAACACUCAAAGGAUUCGAAGGAGUGAUCUCAUGAAUCCAUCUCAUGCUACAGCCACUCCUGUCUCCCACGUCAUGACCACUAGCUCCUCUAGAAACAUUACCUCUUCAACAGGAGCUGCUGUCAAUCCUCAUUUUGUUUCAGAUGUAUACUCCACAGGUAGGGGACAUACAGUGCCUGCUAAGCCUCAUCGCAAUAGACCGUCCAGCAAGAUGUCUGCGGAGCAGUUUCGUGCUACAAUAAGUCUACUGGUUAAUUCUAGUGACCCACGCCGUGAUCUUGACUGGUUCGUGAAGAUUGGCGAAGGAUCGACUGGUACUGUAUACACUGCACAUCAACUAUCCACCAACAGAGUGGUUGCUGUAAAGAAGAUGAGUCUUUGGAACCAGCAGAGGAAGGAGCUUCUCUUUAAUGAGGUGAUCAUAAUGAAGGAGUAUCCUCACAAUAAUGUAGUCACCUAUUAUGAUUCCUAUCUGGUGGAUGAGGAGUUGUGGGUCCUAAUGGAAUUCAUUGACGGUGGAUCACUUACAGAUAUUAUCAGAAGAGUGCAUCUUCAAGAGAGUCAAAUAGCUGCCAUUUGCAAGAGCUGUCUUGAGGCCCUGGCCUACCUUCACUCUAAUGGCGUCAUCCACAGGGACAUCAAGAGUGACUGUAUACUACUGAUGAGUGAUGGAACUGUUAAAUUGUCUGAUUUUGGAUACUGUGCACGCAUCAAUCAGAAGCAAAGGAGGAGACAGUCCCUAGUUGGUACUCCAUACUGGAUGGCUCCUGAGGUCAUCUCGAAGCAGCCUUAUGGAACUGAGGUUGAUAUAUGGUCUUUGGGUAUCAUGGUUAUAGAGAUGAUUGAUGGGCAGCCACCUUACUUCAAUCUACCUGCAUCUGAGGCCAUGAACUGUAUUAGAACACUACCUCCUCCUACUUCAAAAUCGCCUGAAAAAAUAUCUCCACGUCUUCGUGAUUUCUUAUCUAAGGCUCUUGUGUACAAUAGUGAGGAGAGAGCAACUGCUAGUGAAUUACUCCGUCAUCCUUUCCUCCAGUUUGCUUCUCCUCCUUCCAGCCUAUCAAAACUCAUUCAGUUCAGGAACACUGUCUGAUUUAAUUGAUUUUCGUUGUUAAUUUUUCUGGUUACUAUUGUAAAUAUUAUAAUCUUCCUUUGUUUAUAAUAAUAUUAAUUAUUGUUAAUUAUGA